AUGGAUGCUGGAAAGACUCCCGUCAAGCUCGUCAAGGUCACCCGAGUCCUCGGCCGAACAGGUUCUCGAGGUGGUGUCACACAAGUCAGAGUCGAAUUCAUGGACGACACGAGCCGAAGCAUUAUCCGAAACGUCAAGGGACCAGUGAAAGUGGACGACAUCUUGUGCCUGCUCGAAUCCGAAAGAGAAGCCAGGAGACUGCGAUAA